CUACAGUUUGAAGAAACCAUUCCACAUAAAAAAGUUCUCUACACUUGCAAAAUGGAACCCAUUGCAAUUUAUCUCUUUGCUUCUGCAUUUCUCAUCCUUGUUAUUCUCAAAAUAAGAACCACUAGCAGUUCUUCAAAGCUUCCUCCAGGACCAUGGAAGUUACCUAUUAUUGGAAAUUUGCACCAAUUAGCAGCUGGUGGCCCUUUAAUCCACAAAGUCCUUAGAGACUUUGCUAAAAAACAUGGACCAUUAAUGCACUUGCAAUUUGGACAUGUCUCUACUAUACUUGUUUCCGCACCCGAAACUGCAAAACAGGUGAUGAAAACUCAUGACAUAGUCUUUGCUUCAAGGUCUCAGCCCCUUUGUGCUAAGAUUAUUUCUUAUGAUUCCGUCAACAUAGGAUUCGCUCCGUAUGGCGAAUACUGGAGACAGAUGCGUAAAAUUUGCGUACUUGAUCUCCUAAGUACCAAGCGCGUUCAGUCCUUCCGUUCUCUCAGAGAAGAAGAGUUCACAGGUCUGGCUAGAUUGCUGGCUAGCCAAGCUGGAUCCCCUGUUAAUUUGACUCAAAUGCUACAUACAACCAUGUUGGGAUUCACUUCCAGAGCAGCAUUUGGGAAAAAGUACAAGAACCAAGAAAAGUUCAUAUCUAUAUUACUUGAACUUCUUAAAGUGGGGACUGGCUUUAAUAUUGCUGAUUUUUACCCUUCAAUCAAGUGGCUUCAAGAUAUAACUGGUCUCAGGACAAAACUGGAGAAGCUUCACCGUGAAGUAGAUAAGCUACUUGAUGAGAUUAUAGAUGACCAUAUAUCUACUGACAACAACAACACAAGUAUGCAUGAGGACCUCGUGGAUGUCCUUUUGAGAGUCCAAAAUGAUGGAAAUUAUGAAAUAACUCGAAACAACAUUAAAGCAGUGAUCUUGGACAUGUUUGCAGCUGGAACAGAUACUUCAGCUACAACUGUUGAUUGGACAAUGGCAGAAAUGCUAAAGAACCCAAGUGCCUUAGAGAAAGCACAAGAAGAAGUCAGGAGAGUUUUUAGUGAAAAAGGUUAUGUGGAUGAAUCACACUUUGAUGAAUUGAAAUAUGUAAGAGCAGUCAUCAAAGAGACACUUAGGUUGCAUCCACCUGCCCCUCUAUUACUCCCAAGGCUAAGUAGAGAAAAAUGUAAAAUUGAUGGUUAUGAAAUACCACAAAACACUCAAGUUAUUGUGAAUGCUUGGACAAUUGGAAGAGAUCCAAGAUAUUGGGAGGAUGCAGAGUGCUUUAAAGCAGAGAGAUUUCUUGAUAGUUCAAUUGAUUUCAGUGGGAAUAAUUUUGAGUACAUCCCAUUUGGAGCAGGAAGAAGGAUGUGUCCUGGCAUGUCAUUUGGUCUAGCAAAUGUAGAGCUUCCACUGGCUCUUUUCCUUUACCAUUUUGAUUGGAAGCUACCCAAUGGGAUGAAACAUGAAGAAUUGGAUAUGAGUGAGGUAUACGUUGGUGUGGCAGUGAGAAGAGAACUUAAUAUGCAUGUAAUUCCUAUCGUCUCCAAGCCUGUGUAACAAUUAUAAAGGAAUCUAUAUAUCUUGAUCUUUCUAAUAAAGCUUUAAUCAUUGGUGA